AUGCACGUCCUUUCGACCCUCAUCGCAGGCACAGCCCUGCUCCAGACUGCAGUGGCAGCCACUGUCCAAGCAAAGAAUGUCAUCUACAUUGUCCCAGACGGCUACGGCCCUGCGUCGCAGAACAUGGCCCGCGACCUCGUUUCGCUUGUCGAGAGUGGCACAACCGGUAGCAACCCGCAAAUCCGUGAGCUCGCCGUAGACGACCUGGCGAUCGGCCGUGUCCGCACCCACUCGGCCAGCAGCAUGAUUACCGAUUCUGCUGCCUCCGGCACAGCAUUCGCUGCUGGGCACAAGUCAUACAACGGGGCUAUCUCUGUGACGCCCGAGGGCCUGCCUGUCGGUUCUAUCCUCGAGGCAGCGAAGCUUGGAGGGCUGAAGACAGGGCUUGUCUCUACUACGUCGAUUAGCGAUGCCACUCCUGCAGUCUACGCCGCCCACGUCGCGAACCGCGGCUCGCAGCCCCUGAUCGCAGAGCAAGAGCUGGGCUACAGCCACCCACUUGGCCGGAUGGUUGAUCUCCUUCUUGGAGGCGGCCGCUGCAACUUCUCGCCCAACACCACCGAGGGCUCUUGUCGGUCCGACGACCUCGACCUGCUCGAGUACGCCGAGGAGCAAGACUUCACCGUUGUAACCACCCGCAAGGAGUUCAACGAUCUCGACAAGGGUCUCGGGCGGACCGGGCUCCCACUCCUCGGAAGCAUGCGGUACGAAAUCGACCGGCGCGUCGUGCAAGACGAACCCUCCCUCCUCGAAAUGUCCCAAACCGCCAUCAACACGUUGCACCGCGCAACCCGCCGCGGACGCAAGGGCUUCUUCCUGAUGAUCGAAGCCGCGCGCAUCGACCACGGCGGGCACGACAACGACCCCGCAAACCACGCCGUCGAGACAAUCAUGUACAACGACGUCAUCGCGUGGGUGCGCGAGUGGAUCGACAAACACCCGGACACGAUUUUGCUUUCUGCGGCGGAUCACGAGACGGGCGGGUUGACGUUGAAUGGAUAUGAUCCGCUGCCGUUGCGGGAUGUUACGCAUUCCCGGGCGUUCCUGCAGGAGAUGUGGGAUGGUGAGCGUCCUGAGGGAUCCGAGGCGCAACGCGAAUUCCUCGUUUCCGAGAUCCUCCCGCUUGCCGGUCUGGCGGGUAUCUCCGACGACGAGGUCGAUGGGAUCCUGAACGCAUCGAGCAUCGGCUCCGGCAUUGCCGCGCUACUCUCGUCGCGCGCAGGCGUCGACUGGUCAACCGGCGGCCAUACCUCGGUCGACGUCACGCUUCAUGGAUAUGCGGCUGGGCGGAAGCGUCGGGCGCUGCAGGCGGAUCUUGCCGGGGGCUGGGAUAAUACGGAGAUUCCGAGGUAUAUUGAGGAUGUGCUGGGGCUUGAUAUGGAUGGGGUUACGAGGCGGUUGAGGAAGGCGGCGGAGGAGGAUGGGUCGUGGUUGGGAGAGCGGAGUGUUAAGAGGGAUCUUGGGGAACAUGAUCAUUAUCAUUAA